AUGCAUAGGGGAGCCGCACGCCCUCGCGGGGCAGUGUCCAACGAGCCUGACAACUCGGUCAUGGAAGUGUCUUUUACAGACAACCAGCACCUGAACGACACCACUAGGCUCGACACGACUGGGGCCUCCGACAUUCAACAGUUGGUAGCCGAACUUCGUUUGUUCCGGGAAGAAAUGCGGGCGAUGAGCCAACAUAUCCAGGCUCUUCGCGUAACGGUAGCCACUCUGACAACAAAAAUUGACGCAUGUGAUGGGCGCGUCGACAGACUAUGUACCCGUGUUGAAGCUUUGGAGAAUAAUACCACAAGUCUUAGUGUCGACAAAAACACGGAGGCUCUACUGGCGGACACCGUAGCCCAGUUAAGAUUAGAGUUAAACGAUCGUGACCAGGAUAUGUUACUCAACGAUAUCGAGUUAUCUAAUGUACCUGAACAAAGUGGGGAAAAUACGUUGCAUAUAGUGUCUACCUUGGGCCAGAAGCUCGGAGUUACGCUGUCGGAACAUGACAUCGUCGAUGCGACUCGCGUAGGGCGGGCGCCGCGAACAGACGAGGGCACCCAGGGCCAGCCGGCCCGCCCGCGGCUGCUGGUGGUGCGGUUGGCGCGCCGCGCCGUGCGUGACCGGCUGCUGCAGGCCGCGCGAGUACGCCGCGGCGCGACUACGGAGGGCACAGGCCUGCCGGGCCCCGACUGCCGCUUCUACGUCAACGAGCGGCUCACUUUUGUCAAUCGACGGCUGUUCCAGAAGGCGAGGCAGCUCAAGGAACACUACGGCUGGCGAUAUGUAUGGACCCGCGAUGACAGGGCCAGGAAAAACGCGCACCGCUCGUCCCCGGAUAUAAAUUCAUUAACGCCCCGCGACCGACUGGAAUGCGCGGAGGCCGUGGUGGCGGGGUGGGCUUCUACAUAA